AUGACGAUUGAAGUUACGGAUCUCAAAGAGGCGGAUAUUCCAGGGGCAGUUAAAGCAGUGCAACAAGCAUUCAGCGGCGACCCGUACAAUGUCUGGGUAUACGAUCAAUCAAAGUUCAACCAGCAACGAAACUACGAGUCCCUAGCUCUGCGUAUGAGAUGGGGCAUGCGCAACGGCAUCUUCCACGUCGCAAAAGAACAAGGCAGUGAUGAGGUCCUCGGCGUAGCAAUGUGGCUUCCUCCACAGCCCGCCGACGCGCCGCCGACGUGGAAUGAUUGGUUUGAGGGGUGGCGGCUUUGGUUUGGACAGGUGAACUAUAACUUGUGGUAUGGACGCGGGGGGCUGAAUGUCAAGCGAUACUACAUCUGGAAAGAAGCCCAAGCCAAAGCCCAGCGCGAGAUCUGGACUGAUCCUAGGGGAUACUACUUCCUCAACAUCAUGGUCGUGCUGCCUUCCGCUCAGGGCAAAGGUGUAGGCGCAAAGAUGAUGAAGGCUGUUACGGACCGGGCUGAUGAGGAGGGUGUGAAGUGUUAUUUGGAGUCUAGUAAGGAUGUGCCGAAUGUAAAGAUUUAUGGUCGGUGGGGGUUCGUGUUUGAGAGGGAGAUGAUUUGUGAUGAUGAAGGGGAUGCGAUUCGGUUGUUUACCAUGACCAAAUGCGACGAGAGGAAACCUGGAUGCGCCCGGUGUGAGGAGAGAGGAAUUCAGUGCCCCGGCUACGCCCUCAAUGUGCGCUGGUCGCGAAAGCACCAAGUCCGCGUCGAUCAAAAAGCCGCAGCUGAAGGCUCACCCAGACAACGAGGACCUCGAGAGUCCGCAUCUCAAACAAGUCCACAGCCCAUCGAAGCCGCUUCGCCAACCUCAAACCAUGUCGACGCUAACGUGCUGCAACACGUGGACCCAUGGCUCGCAAAUCCCUUACAGUGGGAUCUUCCUGCUCUGCCACAGGAGAUGCCCUCCCUUGAUGCUUCGUCGUGCGCUUUGCUUCUUAGCAGCCAGAAUGUGAUUCCUACAACGCCAUUCUGGGAUGCGCCUUUUAUUAGCUCAGCCUGGACUGUUGAUGGCCACAGCCCGACGACGUCGUCAUCUCAAGCUGAGGACCGGGAGAUGGAUCAUCUGUUCCAGAGUGAGAGCUCCGUAGCCAAUGUUCAGGAGAAUAGUAUUCCGCCCCCGUUCGAUAAUACUCAAUCCACGUCAUGUAAACAAUUCUUAGAGAGUAGCCCACGAGAGCUCGCCCAUCUGCCAACAUCACUUUCCGAAUACUUCUUCCGCGAGGUCAUCACGCUCUACUGCGCAUGGGACAGCAAGACAAACGUGAUGCGCAACAUCGUCGAGACAAUGUGGCAGUCCUCCGGCGCCUUAUAUCACACCAUCCAGAGCAUGGCCGCCGCCUGCCUCUCGGAAGACUUUCCGCACCUCCUGCCCGUCGCCCGGAGAGAACACGGCGACGCCCUCAGACUCAUCCGCGACCGACCCUCGGCGCUACCUUUAUCAACCUCAAUGACUACAACACACAAACGGGCCAUGCUUCUCUCAUCAACGCUCCUAGGCCACACAUCAAGCUGGCUUAGCCCCCAGAACCUCGCAACAGACAUGUUCAGAGCAAGCUGCAGCAUGCUCAAAGACGUCUCCGCCGAGACGUGCGGCAGCGACGCAGACGCGAGCUUGUCUUUCUUCAGCGACACCAUGGACUACUGGGCCAUGCUCCUCGCCUACCUGACAGACAGCACCCAACUGGGCGACUACCACCACACCACAUCCAUCGGCCCGGCGGACCCGUCGAAGUCUAUUGAGCCGCACCCUUACUCGGGCAUAUCCCACGCCACUGUCCGACUGCUCACCGACACGGGCAUCCUCAUCUUCCAGUACCGGAAACACAUGGCCUCCGUGAAGUUCCUCACCGAGACGGACCUGGAUGUCUUCCGCGCCGCUCUCCGCUCCGCAAGACAACUCGAGCGCGCGUUUCUUGCGCAUCGUCCGCCGGACCUAUCUCGCGUCACGGAUCCAGGCGAUCCGAAAACUCCGCUGCGGCAUCUGGAGCUUAUCGACGAGGCGUACCGGUGUACCGGUCUCUUACAGCUGUACCGCGUGUUUCCAGAUUUGUUGAAUGAGCGGUAUGCCCCGUGGGACCGGGAGCAGCUCCUACGUCCGAUUCCGCUAUCUGCCGCCGCGGGAUCGGGGUCAGACAGCGACAGGGCCCCCUCGGCGAGAGAGAGGAGGACGUGGUUGACGAAGCUUGCAAUGUACAUCCUCGGUAUCCUGCGAGAUAUACCCUUUGAAUCCCGGACGCGAAGCGCACAGCCUUUCAUCAUGGUGGCUAUCUCGAGCGAGUUGAGGAGGGAGCCGCAACACCUACGGCAGCCUGAUGCUAUGUACGGUGAGGCCGGGGCGGAUGUGUUGGAUAUCGACCCCGCGUCUAUCGAGGUGGCGAGGGCGCGCAAGUUUGUGCGGUCGCGGCUGGCGGCUUAUACGCACAUUUUGCCGCUUCGGAAGAGUCGGGUCAUUUCUGAGUUGAUUGAUCAUACGUGGGCGGCGCUGGAUGCUGGUGAGGAGGAUGUGUAUUGGCUCGAUAUCGCGCGUGAGAAGAAUCUCGGGACGAUGAUGGGCUAA